CUAAAGGAGUGCUGGAAGAUGAGAAAUUAGUCAGAGUUACAUUAGAGGUUUGAUAGCAAAACGAUAGCAAACUGUUCCUGACGUAGAAGUGAGAUAGCCAAAGGCUUGAACCCAACCAAAGAGCAGAGUGUGACAAAGUGCAGAGGAGGAGCAGGACCUGCCCAGCCCUGCUGGGUGUGGGAGAGGAGGUGAGAGGGCAGAGGAUCCUGCAGUUUCCCUCUUCACUGUUCUUCCUCUGCACAGUGACAGGGAGUUUGCAGGGAGCAAACGGAAGAGCAGAACGGGAACAACUGGGAGAGGACACAGCAGCUGCCAGGAACAGGGACAGCUUGAGGCACGACUGAGAACAGGGAGCCAUCUAGAGUCGGCAUAUUCACCCCGCAGCUACCUUCAGCCUGUAAACAGGAACCACUAAGAAGAGGAGCAAGCCUUAAACGCCGCUGUUCUCAGGGCUAAAUGUUUACCCAGGAUAAGAAGGUUUCUUGAUCUACCUUGGGUCCCUUUCUAAAGGAGAACGUGUCCAGAAGACUUCAGUAAAAAAUGCUUUACUACGUAUUAUUCUUUCUUGGAAUCAUCUCUCUGUGGUGGCAUUGGAGAGCAAGAAGGAGCGUGAAGGUUACAAAUCUUACCGGAAAAUACAUAUUCAUCACUGGAUGUGACACAGGAUUUGGAAAUAUGGCAGCAAAGGUUUUUGACAAAAAGGGAUUCCGUGUUUUUGCCAGCUGUCUGACUGAAACAGGAGCCAAAGAGUUAAAAGCUGUGACCUCGAAGCACCUUCAGACAGUGCUGCUAGAUGUGAGAGAUUCAGACAGUAUUAAAAAAGUGGCUGCAAGGGUCAAAGCUGAAGUUCAGUCAGAAGAAACAUGGAAGAAGAUCUCACUAGAGGGAUGUUUUAUACAUCUAGUUAGUGGUCUUUGGGGACUUGUCAAUAAUGCUGGGAUUAUGGGGAUAUCAGCUCCUACAGACUGGCUGGAUAUUGAGCACUUUAGAGAACCAAUUGAAGUUAAUUUAAUUGGACUCAUAAAUGUUACAAUAAACAUGCUUCCCUUGAUAAAAAAAGCAAAGGGAAGGAUAGUAAAUGUAUCCAGUGUUGGAGGUCGCCUAGCAUUCAGUGGUGGAGGCUAUUUUGCUUCAAAGUUUGGGGUAGAAGGAUUUAAUGACAGCUUAAGGAGAGAUAUGAAAGCUUUUGGAGUUAAGGUUUGUUGCAUUCAACCUGGACUGUUCAAAACAGCAUUAUCCAAUCCAACAAAAAUUAUGAAAGAGAAGGAGGUUAUUUGGAAUAAGCUUCCCCCUGAUAUUAAAAUGCAAUAUGGAGAGGACUAUUUUCAGAAAGAUGCAGCAAAGAAACAAAAGCUGUCCAAGAUGUGUCUUAACGAGGACAUUUCACCGGUCGUUCAGUGCAUGGAGCAUGCCCUAACGAGCCUCCAUCCACAUGCCCAUUACAUUGUUGGGCAGGAUGCCAAGUUGUUUUGGAAUCCCCUCUCAAGAAUGCCAGCAAUCAUACAAGACUUCCUACUGCUGCAGAACAGAGUAGAGCUUGCAGUUUCCCAUGCAAAGUAAAUAUUUGCCGAUAUAUAUCCCCCAUCACGGACAAGGCUGAUUCUAUAAGAUCUGUCCUUUAUAUUGGCAUGAUACAAACUAUGCAUGAAAUACACACGCAUUCUUUAUAAAUGUAAGAGAUAUAUCUAUUCCUCCAAUAUCUGCUACUAGUAAAAAAAAAUUAUUUCAUUUUUAACAUGUAAACCAGAAAGAACAAAAGCACUAUUAAAACUUUCAGAAAUGACUAAGAUUUUUCAGUUCCUUCGCCUUUAAGGUGCUCUGUUUGAGAACCCUUGGAGGCUCCAGUUUUCACAAAGAUCUGUAAGAAAAAUAUCCCAGGAAAAUGGGGAAUGUGGCUUUAAGUCCUGACAGCAGGAAGAGUUCGGUCAUCUCAGGCAGAGGAGGGAAUGGAAACAGGGCCUUCCUCUGGGAGAAGUGAACUCUUGCAAUAUAAACUAGGAAGGAGGGCAGAAAAUCCUCUUCCUCAUGCUGCUUUCUUCAGCAGUCACCCCUGUUCAGUUCUGAGGCCAAGGAAACUGUGGUUGCCUUUCCUUGGCACAGUCCUAACUGGAAAGAGAGCAAAAUAAAUUGCCCAAGUCAUUGAGCUGGUUGGGAUUCACACCCCUUCCUGCUUACAGGACUUUGCAAGACUUAGGUGAGGCAUUUUCCUACUCAGUAUGCUAAAUCUUGAGGAUCUCUAAAGUCCAACUCUACCCCUCUGUUGUAAAGGAUCCAUAGCUACAAAUGUAGACUGUGGAUCCAGUUACAUGGGCCCAAUACCUGAAAUUAAAGUAGUGAAGAGCUGAGGCGCUUUUUUAUUUAAAAAAAAAAAAAAAAAAGUGAGCUUGCAAGAUGGUCAAGUCUGGGAGCUAUUUCUUGGCAUAAAAAUAAUAGCCCUGUGUUUUGUGAGGUGCUGAGUAAUUCCUGUGGAGAGGUGCUGCUCUUGUUCAAUUCCUGACACAAGUGCCUGUUAAGACCCAGCUCCACUGGAAUUAAUCAUGGCAAAGUGCUUGAGAACUGCAGAGACCCCACGUCAAGUCUGUAACUGUGCAUUGCUCAGGAAGCCAUUUCCCACUGCCAUGGAAACUACUCGGCGAUGAAACAAAUGCUUUCCUCAUGCUGGUGAAUUUGCUGUGACAUGAUUGGAGUAAAGAACAGGUUACCUAGUGGCUAUACAAAUAGUGCUAGUUUUCAAUUUAGUUUCUAUGGCAUUUGCAAAACAACAAUUCUACUUUUCUCGGUGCAGCUUAUGCUUAGGCUUUAGUGGGGUCAUUUAAUUUAUGUCUCAGUUACCUGAAAAUUUACUCCUCCUAGAGCAGGUUUGAGGUGAAUACCUCUCAACUGGCUACUUUUACUGAGGUAUUGAUGGCAUUGCUGUAGUAGAUUUUACUUUGAAACCAACUUCCUGUCAAUAAAAGUGACAGAAAACCUG